AUGCAGAGCAUUAAAAACAUGAAUGAAUUUGAGAGCUUUCUGAAGGAUGCUGGUUCCAAACUUGUUGUCGUUGACUUCUCAGCAAAAUGGUGUGGUCCAUGCAAAAGAAUUGGCCCUGUUGUUCAUGAAAUGGCUAUGCGAUAUGAAAAUGUAAUAUUUGCCAAUGUGGAUGUGGAUGCUGCAGAGGAGGUGGCUAGUUCUUGUCAAGUCAAAUCCAUGCCCACCUUUCAGAUGUAUAAAGAAUCCCAAAAGAUAUUUGAAUUCAGCGGUGCCGAUGCCAAAAAGCUGGAAGAAAAGAUUCAGGAACUAAUGUGA